AUGGACAGCUUCUCACCAGCUUCCCUCUACUCUCUCUGCUCUGCCAUGAUCCAACACGCAGCCUCCAGCACGGCCGAAGCCCAGAGCAUCCUUCAGUCAGCCCCGCAAAGCAAUCAAGUCGCCAGCCAAAUCGCCGCGCUGUCUGCGUCGUUCCACGCAGCCAGUGUCCAAGUCACCCACCUGGAGCACGCGCUUCAACAUGCGGCCGCAAUUUCCGUGCCGAUGCAGAGCCUCCUCACCGAGAACUUGACCUCGUGCAACUCGUUGGCUGCCAGACUACACAAGCAAAUGAUGCGGUUGCACCGAGAGAACCUGAAACAUGUAGAUGCUCGCUUCGUCGCGGCGCACCUCGCCGCCUUGACGGCGUACCAAGGCUUAUUCCAGCAUCUCUCACAAACAUUAUCCAUUCCUCAAAGAGACGCCCAAGACUCCGACCUGGCCGGUUUCAGUGCCCAGCAACUGAUUCAACAAGCAGCUAGUGCCUCGCAGGCGGCAUCCCAAACCACAGGUAUCCUGCUGGACGACAAGGCCGCACAAGGUUGUUGCAAGCCUUCAACAUGUAGCAAUCUCCCUCAUCGCCCAAAGAACCGAGACGUGCCACAAGAUGAGCCGCCUCCAUACGCGCCAACUGACCCUUGGUCGUCCGAUUCUCACCAAGUCCCGACGCCUCCGCAAACCGAGGCCGGUCCAUCCAGCGGCUUCUCCCUCGGGAGAACCCUAAAAGCGUUUGAGCAUUCCUUGAUGCCAAAGCCUGACCCGUUCGUGAACGCCCUCUGCCAGGCCGUUACAAGCGGCGACAUCCAGCAGGUAACGGGGCUCCUCUCACAGGGGAUCAACAUUGACGGCAGGGGAGAAGGGGGCAAGACGCCGCUGCAGUGUGCCAUCGUUGCAAACCAGCAACACGCCGCCGACGUCCUGCUCUCCGCCGGCGCCAACUACACGUCUGCCGGCGGCUGGGGGGGCCACGGCAUGCCGCCCAUGUUCCAGGCCGCCGCGGCCGGACGCGUCGGCAUCGCCAAGCUGAUCAUGGCCAGGGGCGGCGUCCAAGCCACGGAGAAGAGCAUAGCCGGCCAGCCAUACCUUGUCGACGUCGUCGGCAGCAACAACCUCGACGGCGUGCGGUUCCUCCUCGACCACGGCGCCAGCCCCAACUCGUCCAGCAUCUCGGGGAGACGCGUCCUCGUCCAGGCCGUCAGGCAGAGCAACCCCGCGCUCGUCGACCUCCUCAUCGAGUACGGCGCCGAGGUCAACACCCCCGACAUGACGGGCAGCUCCAUCCUCGCCGUGGCCGCGGACAAGGAGGACCUGCACAUGGUCCGGACGCUGCUCGACAACGGCGCCGACGUGGACGGCACAACCGUCUGCGGCGUAAGCGUGCUCGUGGACGCCAUCGCCCGAAGACGCCUGGACCUGGCUCGGGUGCUGCUCGACUACGGCGCCGACGGCAACAUGGACGACGUCUUGGGCCGGCCCAUCAUUCUCACCGUCGUCAAGAACCCCGGCAUCAGACCCGGCGACAAGGUCGACCUGGUUCGACGGCUCCUCGAGAAAGGCGCCUCCCCCAACGUCAAGGACACGGCGUGGGGUACACCCGCGCUUUGCUUCGCGCUCGAGUCCGGAACCCCCGACCUGGUCCGCCUUCUUCUCGAGCACGGCGCAGACACCGACGUGGUGACGAGCGCGGGCGAACCGCCGCUGAUGUGUGCCGUGGACAAGGGCAAAAUGGCAGAAGCGAGGAUGCUGCUGGAGCACGGGGCGGACGCAGACGGCGCCAAUAGGCAAGGCAAGACGCCCCUCAUGCAGGCCGUCGUCAGGCAGGACGUCCAACUCAUAAAGUUGUUGCUGGAGCACGGGGCCAAUGUCCAGGCCGCGGGAGCCGUGGGCAUGGCCAGCUUCGCGGGGGCGCUGCGUCGACCCGAUAUCUUGCACCUGUUGGGCGUGGGACCCGGGGGCACAAGUGCGGGAGCACCCCCAGACUACCAAACCUAA